GAGUACCUUCAUCUAUCCUUAGUUAUUUUUGCUAAGUACUCGUAAUUUAAGUUGUUAGUAAGCGUCUUCAUUAUCCUUCACUUUUGGCAGGUCUGAAAAUGACUUCUGGGCUCAUCUGUCACUAAGUGUAGUACAGAUGUGGGGAGUGAUGCUGCUGCCAUGUGGAACGUGGAAGCUCUGGACACAAGCAGAGCAACUCAGCAUAUUCUCUUGUUGAUUUUGAUCAAAAUACCUGGGGUAUUUUUCUUCAGUGCAUAACAACAUACAGAUCAUUAACUCCUGCCAAGGAAUCAAAUUUCAUGAGUAAGUAACAAAAAGCCUAUAUAGCAAGUCACAGAAGCUUGAUUACCAUAUAAUAUCAAAGAAUCAAGUGCUAGAUGUCACCAAAAGAAACAGAAGCAUUAACCACUGACUUCAGUUGUCUCUGUCCUUAAUGAUGGUUUUGUUUCCAGUUUGCUGCAAAAAUCUGUGGAACUACUUGAAUUGUGAAACACAGAUGAUUCUUCUUUCUGAAGGGAGGGAAAUGUUGGAUUCUUUUGCAUAUGUGUGUGAUUAAGCUCUGCAGUAGACCAUAAUGCACUGAAAAAGUCUAUAAAGCAUAUUAAACUGGUUUCCUAUCAAGCAAGUACUCAGCCUCUGAAUAGGAGUUUGUAAAUCCUCAACAAGAUUUAGAAGAUCCUGAGACUUAAGACUGCUUCUGCUGUCAAGCGGCCUGGAAAGCAAGUUGUCUCCCAGGUUCUGAUAUCUCUGCCACCUGGUUUGUGCUGUUAAAAGAUGGCAAUGCUCAAAUAGCUUUUUGUUUGUUUGUUUUCAUGUGUAGAACGUAUCCAAGUAUCUUACGACAAAGAAAGGCCAUAAACAGACCAGGUCUGCAGAAUACUUCUCUGUCCUUGCAUUUCUCUACAGAUGCCCUGGGCUUGCACAGCGUUCAUAUUUAUACUUAGCAUCAUCUGUGCAUCUCUAGAAACUGCAGCGUCAGCACAUAGGUGUAUACAUAGGGAGCAUCUUCAGCAAACCUCCAGAAGAGUUUCCUUGUGAAAGGAUGUGCUCAAAAUUCUACAACUUUGGAAACUUUCCUUUUUUUUUUUUUUUUUGUUUUUGUUUUUGUUUUUAUUUUGUAACCUGGUUGUGAAAUACUUGCUGUUGCAUUGUGGUGACUGGGGGAAUGGAGCCUGGAUUUGCCAGUUAUUCUAAUUGCUGGAUUGCUUUAUCUCAUGGGAGUUGAUCAGCAUACUUUUGACAGUAUUUGGGGAUGGCUGAAAUCACCAGACUCUUUCUAUGGAGCGAGUUGACAAACACCAAAUCUAACAAAGGUCAAGGGUUGCUUUGUGAGAGAGCAAGGUAUACUUUUCUCUUUGUGUUCCAGUUAGAAGGCAUUGAAGGCUGUGGGUCUAAACACAGGUAGUGAGGAAAUUAACAUCAGCUUUACUGUUGCUGGCAGCUGUUCGCAGAUUUACAAAGAUUUUGAAACUUGUAAUAUUGUGAUUAUCUGUAUUAUUUGAAGCAUAAGAUGAGCCACGGCAUUUACAGGCAUUAAAUCUUAAUUUGAAGUCUUCAAGCUCCCUCUCCAUUUGCUAAAAAGAAUUCUAUUUUAGCUCCAUCUUCCAUUCACUCGGUAGAAUUCUAUUUUAGUUCUAAGUUCCAAUCUUGGGUUACCAAGGAAAAAUAAAUGAGACAAAAUCUAUUGGAAACUGUAAGUGGAAUGUUCUAAUGGUAAUACCUUUGCUGCUGAAAGUCUGAUCCUUUCUUCCAUGUCAUGAUUCUGACCAUCAGUCUGUUGUAUACAUUUAUCCAAGAAAAGAAACUUGAAUUCUCCUUUGCUUUGAAACCACAUGUGCUUGCCAUUUCUUAACUUGCAGUUUUGGUGAGCUAAACAGGUAAUCCUUCUUACUUCCUAUUUACUGCAAAGAGUCUAUUGUCAGUCCUCUGGUCACUGGAAUAACUAUUUGAAUUUCCUGUAUUCUUUCAUCACUGUUUGUGGAGAGUGAGUGUCAGAACCAGCUGUAGUGAUUCUCAUUGCUGCUGCACCUUCUGCACUUAGCUCAGUGGAGUCCUUUGGUCACAGUAUCUUACCCAGACACUGUGCCCACCUGAUGAUAUUCCAUCACCCUCUGUGUUUCAGCAUCUGCUGCUCUGCAGAACAGUGCUACAUUCUAUAAAGCAGUUUCCUGUCUCUGACUAUGGCUAUGUUGAAAUACCAUUUUACCUGCUUCCAGGUAGACUGUUUUCAAGGAGUUGUCAUUAUUUUUGUUGUUUGUUCAUUGAAGCUUGUGAAGCUUAUGUUACUGAGAGUUUGGGCUUCCUUUGUUUUUGCUGAUAACACAUUAAAUAGCUCAGGCCUGGAAACACGUUCCUGUACAAACUCAAUGAAAAUAUACCUGAUAAUUAAUUUCUCAAUUACAGUCAUUACAGUUAGCUUUAAUUUCUUUACUGAGUCGUAUUGCUUUAGAAUCAGUUUAGCUCCCUGAUCAAUUAGUGUGCAGUCACUAAGCACACUGUAUUGCAGAGCUCUUAGUACAUUGUAUCAUCACCAUCUCUUUUCAAGCCAAACUCGUUCCAUUGUUUUUUCUGUGGCUUGAUGACAUAAGAGCAGGCUUACAAUUUGAUUGCCGUGCUUUGAAAAUAUUGGUAUGAGUCUGGUGUUUUUCCAAUCUUCUGCAGCUUUCCUGGGUUUCAAAGCCUUAUUAAAAAUUGAUAUUGAAGGACAAGAUGGCUUUUCAGCUUUCUUGGCCUGAGUGAUCCCUCGAGAACACGUUGCAGAGCCAACAUCUGUGAAGGGAGAGACCUUUGCUCUUCAGCUCAAGAGAGUUAAAUUACCCACUGCUGCCCCCAAGUCAGAAAGAAGGUCAGAGGCUUGUGCAAGGAGGCAUGGCUUUAGUGAAAUCCCAUUGCUAGUAAGCACACAGCACCCUGAUGUGACCAGAAACAAAUGAGCAGUCUUGGGAGCUCUGUUUUAAACAGAAGAAUAAAAAAGAUCUGACAGUACAAAAUGUAGGUUGGUUUUUUUUUUUUUUAUUUUUGUUUUUGUUUUUGUUUUUGUGGGACUGGCCAAAGAGUGGAAGGUCCUAACUAUCUUGUGCUGUAUUUUACUGUUGCAGCUGCAGUUUGCUCCUACUCCAGUCUUCAGGCUUGGUUUGCACUCUUGGUCCUGCACAUUUGCUUUGCAUCUAACAGCGUGUUCUCAGGAAUGGAAAGUGUUCAAGUGAUGGCCUUGUCACGUAACAGGCUCUGAGUUAUGUAAUCCAAUAUUUCAUGGGGUUUUAAAACUACCAGUGCAUAGAAGAGAAAGCACUAAAUGAAAUGCUCGUGGAAGACAACAGUAAAUCAGGUCAUCUAUUAAAUUUUUCAUCUCGAGUUUUUUCAAGCCCAGGAGCAUCCUGAGCAGUAUAAAUCUGAGAAUUUGUGGUUAUAAAAUAAGGAAAUAAUGGAUGAGGAGGCCAUUAUGAGACAGGUAAACAAGCAGCUGUACUUUUUUUCUCCUUAUUUUAUUUUUUUUCCAAGGCUGUAGAAGGAGUUUUUCUGGUAAUGCUGACUGUGAAUCCUUCUUGGGUUUGUCAGCCUCCUUUCAUUUCCAGCUGAUCGCAAUUCAUUUGCCAAAUGGGAGCUGUUUCUUAGCAGGGCUGAUGCAACUCAGACUGGAGUGCAGUGAUUUUGUUUAACAAAGAAUAAACCUGUGCAAAUGACAUCUGAAGAAGAAUCUCUUCUCUUUCCUCUCUUCCCUUUUCCUCCCACCACUGCAGUGGUACAAUCAAAAUUAAACCUCUGUACAUGGGCAUAGCUCCCUUGCUAUUGCUGGAGGCAUGCUGACUCACACCCACAGAAAGCACAACCUCUGUGCUUUACAGUAUAGUUACUAAUUUUCACUGAUCCUCCCUUGUUUUUAGUGGCUCAAGUUAUUUUCUUGGGAUGAUAUCUGGUAGCCUAAUAUAUAGCACAGAUAGGGUGAUGGUAACACUCUGCUUCCUGCUUUCUCUUCCUUGGCUUUCCAUCUUAUUCUCCCUGUACUGUAGCUUUUUUGAGCACUUGGGCAGGCUGGAGGAGAAAUUACUUUUCAUGCUGUAAACCUGCUAGCAUCAUGCUGCAGAACAGGGAGAAAAAAGGUUCUGCUUCUGCUUCAUGUUUAAAAAUAAAUGAAAUGUGUAGUAAAUUGUGAAAUGUGUAUGCCCUUUGUGUAACAGGGCAUAUGAUGAAGCCCCUCUGUUUACAUUGCUAACUAUCGGGAGCUGGGAUGCUUGCUGUAGUUUGGGGUGAUGCAGACUAGGUGGAAUAAAGCUGAGUCUGUGGGGUGAACCGCACAGGGCUGAGAAAACACGCCUGAGAGCAGUCUGCAGAUGGGCGAGAUAAACAGAUCCCCCAGCUGCAACGGAGGAGGCAGGCCUCUUUAAUGGCUCUUAGCAACGCCCCUGCUCUGACCCUCCUCAUAUGUGAGGAAAAUCAAAUCAAUACACUGUUCUUCAAACCACGAUGCUGCAGCAGCAGCAGGGCAUUGUGGCAGCCUCUGUCUCUUAAAUCCAUUGACGCUUUUCAGGUUGCUGAUCUGGAUAUCCAUCCCUGCAUCUCUGCUGAAGAAGAACCCGACUGCAUCUCAAAAGGAUUCCUGGAGCUCCCAUGUAUAACCUUCUUCUUACUGGCAAGCGUUAGAAAUGGCUAACAGAGGACCAAGCUAUGGCUUAAGCCGAGAAGUUCAGGAAAAGAUUGAACAGAAAUAUGACCCGGAAUUAGAGUCUAGGCUGGCGAACUGGAUUAUCGUGCAGUGUGAGGAACAGAUCGAACCCCCUCCUCCUGGAAGGCAGCAUUUCCAGACCUGGCUGAUGGAUGGAACGCUGUUAUGCAAGUUAAUAAACAGUUUACAUCCAAAGGGAAAUGAACCCAUUGCAAAGAUCUCUGAAUCAAAAAUGGCUUUCAAGCAGAUGGAACAAAUUUCUCAGUUCUUAAAAGCUGCUGAAAUCUACGGAGUAAGAACAACAGAUAUUUUCCAGACAGUGGAUUUAUGGGAAGGGAAGGACAUGGCAGCAGUGCAGAGAACCUUAAUGGCUCUAGGCAGUUUGGCAGUCACCAAGGAUGACGGAUGCUACAAAGGGGAUCCAUCCUGGUUUCACAGGAAAGCACAGCAGAAUCGACGGGGGUUUUCAGAAGAGCAGCUUCGUCAGGGACAGAACGUAAUAGGCCUUCAGAUGGGCAGCAACAAAGGAGCCUCACAGUCGGGUAUGACGGGCUAUGGGAUGCCAAGGCAGAUUAUCUAAAAGCACCUCUGUCUGUAGAGAAAACACUCCUGCAGCAUGGUCUGUUCAGCAACAACAGAAAAAGAAAAAAAAAAAUAAAAAAAAAAGCUCAUUAGUUCUCUUUCUGCCUGGUUUUAAUAGUUAGUGCUCUGAGGUGUGGGGUAUUUUUUGUUUGGUUUGUUUUAUUUGCAGCUACAGGAGUUCAUCUAGGAACUUGGGUUUUCGUGGUGUUGUGUGUCAGUUCACAGCACAUGCGCACUGCUGCCUCCUACUUUUCACUUCUGAACUAUGCAAAGACAAUUAUUCUGUUUUAAUUUAUUUGCAAAGUGUUAUCUUCCAUAUUUGUCUCACAUUUCUCUUAUAUCUCAACCAGUAAUCUCGUUCUUCAAUUCAGUGAUGACAUUGUUUGAUCUAAGAAUAAAGACAUUUAAACACA